AUGCCAACCCACAGUGACAUCAGCGCCCAUACGCAAGUCUCAGCUGCUUCUAACGCGCCCACACGACCAACUUGUCCCCCAGAAAGCGACAGAAUAACCUCCUGGAUAGAGUCUGCAGAAGGCAGAAUCGACGCUGCGGCCGAUAAUGGCUCUCUGACGGCGCAGUCUCCUCCAACUACGGCGGGCGAGCGCCCUGACUCUGACUCGGCUAUGACCACCGAUGAAGCUUUAUCUCCGCAGCGGCGUGAGCAAGGACAGCAGUCUCAGGGAUCCGAACCUGCAACGGGUGGUGGCAGCACUUCUACUGGUGCUGCUACUACUACGAUGCACUCCCCGGGAACAGAAAACAUCGGUGCUGCUGGCUCGGGCAUAGUCGAGUCGCUGGCCACUGCCGAGGAGGUGCGCUCUCCUGUAUCGGACUCGACUGCCAUAACCGACGACUACGAUGAAACGGACGAGCCGAUGACCCCUACGACGAGUGUCUCUGCUGCUACUGAGAUCAAGGAUGAGCAGCGGGAGCCUGCUGCUACUGCUGCUCCAGCCAUUCCCGACAUUCUGGCCACUCAUCGGACUUCCAUGAGCUUUGAGUACUCUGAUGCCAGAUCUGAACAGCAGAUUUACACCGUCGACGUGGAGAUCAAAAACGUCGACAUGUCCGAGUCCUAUCUCUGCGGAUACCUCAAAAUCAAAGGUACGGCGCUAUUUACCUCUCCAAUUGACAUUAUUACUCUGCACAGGCGCAACACCUUACUGACAGUCUUAACAGGCCUGACACCGGACCAUCCUACUCUAACAACUUUCUUCGAAGGCGAGAUAAUUGGCACCAAACAUACCUUCCAAACUCGUCAUGAGGAUUGGGGUGCCACUGAAAAGACGGAUAUGCACCAUUGGUCCCGAUUCCCAGCCUGGCGUCCCCUCUCUCGAUUGGCCAAACAGCCGGACUUCACCUUCAAGGACUAUGCCCAGCGGGAGAACAUCUUCAUGCGGUGGAAGGAAGCCUUCCUUGUGCCCGACCACCGUGUCAAGACCAUUUCCGGCGCCAGCUUCGAAGGGUUCUACUACAUCUGCUUCAACCAGGUUCAGGGUACCAUCAGUGGCAUCUACUUCCACGCGAAGAGCGAAAAACACCAACAGCUUGAGCUCAAGCCUGUGGAGAACUACGGAUGCUGUGCAGCCAUCGAAUUCCGAUGA